AUGUGGCGCUUUGGGGUUCGAGCUUGUGUGGCCACUGCGGCACUUCGCUAUCAUGCCGGCGACAGCUUUCGUUUUCUCACGACUGACAUGAACGCUGAUACCAUCAUCGAGGUGGCGAAGAGGCGUAGCGCGUUUGACGAGACCUCCAUACGGAGUGCGGUGCAGUUCUUUACAGGCGACCUCACCGACGGCUCCUACGGCCGCUGCUACUCCGAGGAUGAAGCGGCAAGCCACGUCAUGGGAUUUCUCUGCGCCAAGGCAAAGCAAAUGAUGGGAGAACCAUUUGAGCACGUUCACGAAACAGAAGACUCUGCCUUUUACAUUUGCGCACACGAUCAUGCAAGCCAACUCCGUACUGUUCGACGCCUUUCAAUGUUUGUGGGUCGUGAAAAGAAACCAAAGCAGUCUAUUUCUAUGCGUGGAUACACCACCGACGGCGGCUCCACCUGCGUCUACACCGCCAAAUGGCAGCCGUUUGUGAACCCAAACCCAGCACCAGAAGAGAGGGAUAUUAAGCAGCUUGCAAGCCGUGUUUUCCUUGAAGAACGCUCACCAGAGCUGCAGAAGCGCUAUGAGGAACUUCUGGAACGUUUUGAUGAUUCCGUUGGGCCUGUCUUUACGGUCCUUGAGGGAGAAGGUGGUGAAAUGUGUUUCUCCAUGGCCAUCGCAGCCGAUCGCAACUACUACCUGGCAUCCCUUAUGGCCAUCAUACAAGAAAUUCCAGGAGCGGUGGUGCAUCGCUGCUUUUCGGAGACCUUUUCAAGUGGUGUUCAUAUUUACACGCUUUACGUCGCGGGCGCCUCGAGUGCGCAGCUACAGGAUCGUGCGUCGAUGGUGGGCCUGCUCCCCAAUCGUCCUCCCAACUCCAUCACCCGCCUACACGAGGAUCUCGUGUUCAACGUGGAGCAGAGCGUCUUUACCGAUUCAGCCCUUGUGUUUGCCUUUUACUUUACGCCAAACCCCACCUCGGACGACUACCGUCACCUUCGGACAGUUCUUUCAAGGGAAUCGACUGGCAUCAACCGUCUCAACUCCCUACGCAACUCCUUAACGCUCGAGAUGAUGUCAGAACGGUACAUUGGUACCCUCAUCAGCCAGUACCCGGAGUAUAUGAUCGAAAUCUACGAAGACUUCCGCCGUGGCACCACACCUGUGUCACGUCAGGCCAUUGAAAAGAAAAUUGUCGAUCGCUUCAGAGAAGACCAGCGUCCGAUGCAUGACGUUGAAAUUUUCAAGUCCUUAUUGCGCUUUAAUGAGGUUGUUGUGAAGCACAAUUUCUUUAAAAAGGAGAAGGUGGCACUUUGCUUCCGUCUUGACCCGUCAUUCCUUAAGGAGCUUGAGUAUCCACGUGUGCCGCACGGCGUUUUUCUUCUUGCUGGUGGACAAUGGCGUGGAUUUCAUGUGCGGUUUACCGAUAUCGCCCGUGGUGGUAUACGUAUAAUUUUGUCGAAGGAAAAUGCAUACCGGCGCAACAAGAGGUCGGUGUUUCAGGAGAACUACAAUCUUGCCUACACACAGCUCUUGAAGAACAAGGACAUUCCAGAGGGAGGAAGUAAAGGGACGAUUCUUGUUUCAAGCCGCUAUCUGACCCGUUUUGAUUAUUCUCGUUGCCAAAGGGUUUUUCUACAAUAUACGGAUGCCCUGCUGGAUACCAUUUUGCCAGGUGAAUCCGGCAUUGUAGAUAACUUGAAGCAGACGGAAAUAUUGUUCUUGGGUCCAGACGAGAAUACGGCAGGGACCUUUCCCUCCGACGGCGCUUUGCAUAGCAAGCGGCGCGGGUACUCCGCAUGGAAGUCUUUCACCACUGGAAAAGACCCCUCCAUGGGUGGUAUUCCCCAUGAUGUGUACGGUAUGACAACUCGCUCCGUGCGCACCUUUGUGCGUGGCGUGUACAGCAAACUUGGUCUGAAGGAGGAGGAGAUGACAAAGUUCCAGACCGGUGGGCCCGAUGGGGACCUUGGCUCUAACGAAAUUCUUCAAAGCCGGGAAAAACUGGUGGCGAUUUCCGACAUCUCCGGCUCACUGCAUGACCCCAAUGGAAUUGAUCGGGAGGAGUUAAAACGCCUGGCGUUGCGCCGCCUGCAGCUGUCUCACUUUGACAAAUCUAAACUUUCCCCAAAAGGAUUUUUGGUGUUGACGGAGGAUAAAAAUGUGGUUCUGCCAGAUGGAACUUACGUAGACGACGGUGCCCUGUUCCGUGACGAGUUUCACUUUACAAAGUACACCGAGGCCGAUGUGUUUGUCCCAUGUGGUGGCCGCCCCCGCAGCGUCACACUGGCGAAUGUCGGUCGCUUCCUGAAGGUGCCCGAUGUCGAGGGGGAGGCCAUGCUGGCGGGCAAGUUUCAAAUGCCAGAGUCCCUCAAGUUUAAGAUUAUUGUGGAGGGGGCAAAUCUAUUCAUUUCUCAGGACGCCCGUUUGGCGCUGGAGCGCUGUGGUGUUGUCCUGUUUAAGGACGCGUCAGGUAACAAGGGCGGGGUUACCUCCUCCUCACUUGAGGUAUACGCGGGACUGGCUCUCUCAGAUGAGGAGCAUGCCAAAUACAUGUGCGUCCAAAACCCAGAGAAGGUGCCGGAGUUUUACAAGAAUUACGUGAACGACAUCAUUGCCCGCAUUGAGAAUAAUGCCCAGCGAGAGUUCGACGCCAUCUGGCGCGACCACGAGUCCCACCCUGGGACUCCAAAGACAAUUAUUGCGGAUGCUCUUAGUGGGAAGAAUGUACAAAUGCGUGCUAGCAUGCUUGCAAGCGACGCAUUUAAGAAUCAAAAACUUGUACGUUAUAUUCUUCAACAUUACACUCCCAAAACACUGCUUGAGGUGGUGCCACUGGACUUGUUGAUGCAGCGGGUUCCCGUUGCCUAUCAGCAUGCCAUUUGUGCCAUGUGGCUUGCAUCCGAGUACGUGUACUCCACAGGCAUGGACAGUAACGAGUUUGACUUUUUCUCGUUCAUGAGCAUACACAUUGAGCGCGCCUCAGCCAUGGCUAAGGGGAAGUGA